ACACAUUGCCAUUUUGCAAAUAUCCAAUUUCUCCAAUUGCAUUUGGACUCGUUCUCAACCUUGCCAAUUCACAACUUAAUCUCAUCAAUUUACCAUGUUUUCAAGGCAAGCAACACAGAAUGCACGCUUCGCAGCUCGCUGUGCACGUCGCCCAGCUGCGAGGGUAGCCAAUCCUCAAUUCCGCGCCCAAAAGCCUCGCUUUCAGUCCACAGAGUCAGCAAGCUCUAGCAACGCCGGCGCUGGGUCACAUGCGGCAAUUGGCGCUGUCUCUGGUGCUGCUGCCGCUGUGACCGUUGGAUACAUCUUUUACAGACAAUCAGGCGUCCGCGAUGUCGUUCAGGCUUCCAAGACUGCUAAAGGCUACGUUAGCUCGGCCACCAACAAGAUCAAGGAGCAGACACCCGAGCCUAACGAGGCAUUGCAAUGGUUGCGACAGGCCGCUCAGAGUUACGCUGCUUUCAUCCCCGGCGCAAAGAGCUAUGUCGACUCCGCCUUUGAUGAUCUCGACGCUAUCCGGGCUAAACACGGUAGUGAGGUGGACCAGAUUGUGCGCGAAGCAUAUGACGAGAUGCGACAGGUCCUCGGCAACGGCGACAUGAGCCUUGUCACUGCACACAAGACCUGGGAUGUUAUCACCAAGCAUCUGAGCCGCAUCUCAGAGCUUGCUGGUGAUGCUUCGCAGCAGAUCAUGGACAACCACCCUCAGCUCAAGGAAAAGUUGGGUGGUAACAUCGACAAGCUCAAGGAGUAUGGCGACAAGUACGGUCCUGAGGCCAAGAAGGAGGUCGACAGGACAUGGCAGCAAAUCAGCGAUGUAGUCAAGACUGGCAUGAGCGCGUCGAACAUCGAGAAGAUCAGGAACAUUGUACAAGAGAAGGUUGAGAAGCUGAAGAAGAUGGGUGAUGAGGCGUGGAACAAGGGUAUGGAGCAGGCCAAGCCCUACCUCGACAAGAACCCUCAGGUUAAGAAGAUCGUCGAGGAGAACGCUGAUGUGUUGAAGGGAGGUAAUGUUCAGGAGCUAUAUCAGCGCGUCAAGUCCGCCGUCGAGAAGGGUGACACCGGUGACCUUGAGUCAUACGUCAAGAGCGCUGCAAACAAAGCGAAAGAGUCUGGGUUCGGCGACUAUGAGCAAUACCUCAAGAAGAUUCCUGGUGGUGACCAGAUUCUACCCAAGCUGAGUCAGCUCCAAGAGGCGGCACAGAAGCACGGUGAUGAGGCGCAGAAGAUUCUCAAAGACACUGUCUCUGAGAUCUCCGAGAUCUUGCAAAAGAAGAGCGACGAAGCGUCCAAGUUGGCGGACAAGGCCAAGGAGGACACAAAGAAAUAGAAGCUGCCACUCCUAUGACGCGGCUGGAGGAGGGAAGGACUUUACGACUAUGUGAUCUGUACGAUAAUGCAUGAUUGGAAUUGAUUGUAUGCAUAGCAAAAAGCCUACAUGAUUAUAUAAUAAAUACUACCAAACAGCAGCA